AUGAUUAAAAAUUAGCAGAGUAUUAAACAAUAAGCAGCACCAACUGCAGCUGCUUAAGACUCAAAGUAAAAGAAAAAUCACUCUUAACCAAGAUAAAAAUCAGCUCCAAAGGAGACUAAACCAGAAGAAAACAACACUUAAUUCAAGAAAUUACAGUAGAAUAUGGAUUUCUUCUCUACUUUAUACAAGAAAGGCGAAAGACUAGCAAGAGAUUAAGAGUAAGCUUACUAUUAAAAGCUCUAAAAAGAUAAUAAAGAAGGUGAUUAUUUACUCAAAAUGCUUAAGCAGGGUACCAUUACUGAUAAAAUCUCAGCUUUGUCUUUAUUAAUUCAAAGAGAACCAGUUCGUUCAUUGACUUAUCUGAAAAGUUUACUGAAUCUUUCAAAGAAGAAGAAUAGAAAGCAGGCUGAGUCUUCAAUUGGAGCUCUCCGUGAUCUCUUUACCCAGCAUGGUUUAUUAAGAGAGGACCGUAGGCUUUAUCCCUUUAGCAAGAACCCUAUUUUACAAAACAAAAAGGAAAGCGAAAUAAAGGAUAAGGAACUUCUUGAAGCAUACUUUGAACACUAGAUUAAGGAGCUUUACAAGGAAUUUGUGACCUAGGUAUUGCAGCCACUAACUCAUGAUGAUCUUGAAUUCUUCAAAAAGUUCUCAUUAACAGUACUAGAGUCCUUAAUUGAGAGAAAAUCGGAAAUGGAAGAUGUAAUUUUAGGUAUCAUUGUAAAUAAACUUGGAGACUUGAGCAAAAAAAUCUAAUGUCAUACCAUAUUCACUUUGAUCAAGCUGACUUAAGUUCAUAAGGAAAUGAGUGAGGUCAUAGUUAGAGAAGUAUAGUUGUUUAUUUAGAGACCAGGUACAAAAAAUAAUUAAAUCUAUUAUGCAAGUGCCUAUCUUAAUCGUGUAGCAAGCAUGGUUGCACCUAAGGACGAAAAAGUUCGCAUAUCUCUGUUUAGAAUCUAUUUCUCUUUGUUUAAGAAAAUAGUUGGUACCUUUGAUAAGAAAGAGGAUGUUGCUAAGAAACCAGUCGUUGAAGUAAAAAAGGACAGAACAAAAUCAAAAGAAUAGAGAAUUAAGGAGUAAAAAUUAGCUGAAAAGACUGGUAAAAUUGACUAAAGCAAUAAUAGAGUAGCUGAAAUCGUACUUAAAGGAGUUAAUGUUCUAAUGGUUAAAUGCUCUGAUAUGGAUUUAAUGUCUAAUAGCAACAGUGAACUUAGAAAGCUAAUAGAAGAGGAGACUAAUAUCUUGUUUUAGCUAACUCAUCACGAAUCAUUCAAAAUUCAGAUUUAAACUCUGAAAUUGCUAUUCGCUUUUGCUAAACAAACCAAUAAGAUUAACAAACAAGAAAUAUAGAUAGCAAAGUAAGAUUAACCAGAAGGAUAAACAAAUCUAGCAUCAUUUAGUGAUAGAUAUUACAGAUCUCUUUAUGAAAUUCUAUUAAAGUUGCAUUUGACCAAAGCGGCAAAACUUGAUGAAUUCUUCAGCUUAGUGUUCAAGUCAAUCAAAAUUGACAAGAAUAUUCCAAGAAUUAUGGCAUUCUUUAGAAGAAUGCUUCAAAUGUGCUUUAUCAAUGAAGCAGGAUUCACAGCAGCCACUUUGCUUAUCAUCUCUGAACUUAUUAAAAGCAAGGAUGACUUGAAGUUCAGUUUGUACUCCUUUGAUGUUGCUAGGAUGGGAGGAAGAGUCUCAAGAACACAAGUUCUCAACAAUAAUGACAGUGAUGAAGAAGAAAGAUUCUACGAUGUUGAUAAACUGUAGGAUGAGUAGUAGAAGUAGAUUGUUCAAGGUAAGAAAGUUAAUGCUAAUGGCCAAUCUCAGUCUUAUGAUGCAUUGAAAAGAGAACCUUAAUAUGCCAAUGCUGACUAGAGUCCACUCUUUGAGCUUCACAAUCUCACUUUCCAUUCUCACCCAACAAUAUAGCUAUGGGCAAAGAAGCUAGUUAACGGAGAGUCCAUAUUUUAUGCUGGUGAUCCAUUACUUGACUUUGGACUAGCUAACUUCCUUGAUAGAAUCUCUUACAAAAACCCAAAAUCAGCAGAAAAAUUGGCUAAAAUAAGAGGAAACUAAAGAAUGUCAGCAUUGGAAGCCCCUAUUAAUACAUAUGAUUUCACUUCUGAGAACAAAGAUAACUUACCAACAUAAGUAAGAGAAGAGGAAAAGUAUAUGUACAAAUACUUCAAAGAAAAGCCAAUCAAAGAAAAAAAGAAAGGAGGAGCUGAGAGUGACUUGGAGUUCGAUGAAGACGAGGAAGACCCUGAAAUGGAGAAAUUCGCAUAACAGGUAAUGGAGAAGGAGAUGAAGAGGAUGAACCAAGGUAUGGGAGAAGAGGAUCUCGAAGAUGAGGAUGAUGAUAUGCUUGAGCAGUUAGAUGGGGAAGACAAUGAAGAAGGAGAAGAGGACAUGGAUGAAGACGAAGAGAACGAAGAUUUCUUUGAUGGCGAAGAAUUGUCUGAUGUCGAGAUUGAAGGAGAUAAAGAAGAUAAAGAGGGAGAAGAUGAUAGUGAAGUUGAAAUGGACAAUGAAGAAGAAAUGGCAGAUGAAUAUGGAGGUGAGGAUGAUGAAGAAUUUGAGGAGGAUGACGAAAAUCUCUUCGAUUAAAUCAAAUCAAAUAAGAAAGGCAAUGACAAGAAAGAUGCCAAAUAAAAGAGUUCUAUUUAUGCAGAUUAUGAUGAAUUUGCAACAUUGCUUGAGUAGGACUUGUAUAGUGAAGACAAAGCUAAGAAAUACUUAGGUAGUACAGGAUAGAAAAGACCCAGAAGUCAAAGAGGAGGCCCCAAAAGAGGUGGUGGCGGUGCUAGUAGAGGAGGAGCCGGUGCCAGUAGAGGUGGAAGCAGCGCCAGUAGAGGUGGCAAAAGACAAAGAACAAAGUGA